AUUGUCAGGCAUCAUUGAAAUGUGGUGAGUGUGACAGCCAAAGACACAGCUCUGCGAUGCACCCAGACACCUCUCUGCCUCCCGAUCAAUCGGCCCUUCCACAAAUAGACACAGUGGCACAAGGAAAUUCCCCACUCGAAGUGACGUCACGAUGCACGAAAGUUUGUGGCAAGGGCAACCUCCCACGUUCAUGCUCAAAGGUGUGCCUGGUGCGCGUCUUCCCUCGGGGACAGCCAGAUCGCUCUGUCAAAAUGUAUGUCAUACUUGACGAUCAGAGCAACCGCCCACUGGCCCGCUCUGAAUUUUUCCACCUUUUCAAAGUCAAGAGCAGCCUCUCCCCUUACCUGAUGAGGACCUGCGCUGGCACCACAGAGAUGGUCGGCAGGAAGGCGGCGGGCUUUCAGAUCGAAGCAGUGAACGGAGGUGUGUGCCUAGACCUUCCACCUCUCAUUGAGUGCAAUGAAAUAAUGAAUAACAAAUCUGAGAUUCCAACUCCAGAGGUAACCCUCACACAUGCGCACCUGAAACAUCUCGCUCCUCUCAUUCCCAAGCUGGAUCCUGAUGCAGAGAUGAUGAUCCUGUUGGGGAGAGAAUGAUACGUGCACACAAAGUGAGAGAUCAAGUCAAUGGUCCUCAUAACGCACCUUUUGCCCAGCGCCUGGACUUAGGCUGGGUCAUUAUAGGCGAAGUCUGCCUGGACAACGCCCACAAGCCAACCCUGAGCAUCUUCAAAACUCAUGUGCUUCAAAAUGGACGUCCGUCACUUCUCAUUCCUUGCCAAAACAGCAUCUGUGUGAAAGAGAAACCAUGCUACGGCGGGGAGGACAAGCAUGGCCACACUACACAUACGUUGAAACCAUUGCCAGUCGAGGAUCAGCUCGGGCAGACUGUUUUCCAACAAACAGACAGCGACAACAAGUGUGCCAUGUCCUUUGAGGACGAAUUCUUCUUGAAAAUAAUGGAAAAAGAAGUCGCCCAGGAUGAAAGGAAUAACUGGGUAGCUCCCCUACCAUUUAAGUCGCCUCGCCCUCGGCUCCCAAAUAACAGAGCGCAAGCCCUGUCUCGUCUCAGCUCUCUACGGCGCACUUUGAGAAAAAACGCUGAGACGAAAGAGCAGUUUUCCUCCUUCAUGGAAAAGCUUUUUGAAAACAACCAUGCAGAGAUUCCCUCAUCCAUUGACGACACAAAAGAAUGUUGGUACCUGCCCUUUUUUGGUGCGUACCACCCCCAGAAGCCUGGGCAAAUACGGGUCGUGUUUGACUCAAGCGCCCGACUGAACGGCCUCUCCCUCAACUCAGUGCUUCUCACAGGGCCCGACCUGAAUAACACUCUGCUUGGCGUGCUGCUGCGUUUCAGAAAAGAUCUCAUUGCUGUCACUGCGGACAUCCAGCAGAUGUUUUAUGGAUUCCUGGUGAGGCAUGAGCACAGAGAGUACCUCAGAUUUCUGUGGCACAAAGACAAUGACCUGUCUAAAGAGGUUCAAGAGUACCGCAUGCGGGUACACGUCUUCGGCAACAGCCCAUCGCCUGCAGUAGCCAUCUAUGGACUACGACGUGCUGCUAAGAAAGGUGAAGCAAGUUGUCAACAGCGUCUUCGACCCGCUGUGUCUGGCCGCCCCAGUGACCAUCAAAGGCAGGCUGCUGCUGCGAGAGCUGUCCAGUGGGGUCCAGGAUUGGGACACUCCACUCCCUGACGAAAAGGCGAGCAUGUGGGAAACAUGCAAACUCAAAGAGCUGAGCAGCCUCCAUGUGCCCCGCUGCUAUGUUUCAAUGUCACUCUCUGAGCCAAGGUACACCGAACUGUGUGUUUUUUGUGAUGCAUCUAACUGGGCCAUAGGGGUGGUUGCAUACUUAAGAGCAGUCAGUAAGGAGGGCCAUUGCAAAGUGGGAUUUGUCCAUCACAAAUAGACUGUCACCACAGCCGGAGGCUACGAUCCCAUGACUCGAGCGCUGUGGUGCCGUCCUGGCUGUUGAGCUGGCAGAGUUGAUCUUGAGUGAACUGGACUACAAACCAGACGCUGUGAAAUUCUACUCCGACAGCAAGGUGGUCCUCGGAUACAUCUAUAACGACUCAAGGCGCUUCUUUGUGUACGUGCACAAUCGUGUGCAUCGUAUUCGCCAAACAACCUCUCCUGAGCAGUGGCAUUAUGUGCCAUCGGAACAUAACCCUGCUGACUUAGCCACCAGGUCAGUACCUGCA